UCUCUUGCUCCCGAGGUGAGCCGGGUGCAAACACUCGGGGCCGAGCCUCCCCGGAUCAUCGCCGGCCAGGGCGCAGCCGGGCCACACCCUCCCGAUAGCAGCGAUGCGCGCCCGCCUCCUCCGGCGCUUUUGAAGGCGCCUAUGGCGCAGGCUGGCCUCUUUCCGGGCCGCAGGGACAGCUCGCAUUGGAGAGGAGGGAAACGGUCACCCUUCGCCCCGCCCUGGCCCUUUCUUUCCUACGCCUUGGAAAACUGGGAUGCUUCCCUUUCCAGCAGGAAACUUUUUCUUUUUUUCCCUGGUUAAAUUUUGGGGCAGCAGAGAGUGACAACCGGGUCGCAGUCCGUCAGCGCUCUGCAAAACAGUUUCUUUUUAAAAAAAUCCAGCGACGUAAAUCGAGCUGCUGAAGAAUCAGAAAUUUUGUGCCAGGAUUAUACUGAAGUGUAGCUAGCAUCACUGUGAACGGGGAGUGGCAUCAGGUGCUAACCUGGCUCUGUUCGGAUUUUGCCUGCCUUUCCUCCUCCUCCUUUCGCUUCCCUCCAGCACCUAAAGACUUUGUUUUUACCAGUGGAUGUUAAUGGAAUGAUGGUGCGGGAAAGGCAGAGAGAUCCUGCCGGUCUCAGCAGAGACUCCUCAGGAGGUGACACCGGCAUCAGCAGUGGGGUCCCAAGAGGCAUGCGACUGCUCCCCAGGCGCUAUGGCUAGCGGCGGCUCUGGCAAGUCCACCAGCGAGGCAUCCACCCCCAGUGGCGGUGCAUUGCAGAGGAAGAAGCUUGUCUCCACCUGUGACCACUGCAAGAUCAAGAUGCAACUGGUGGCAGAUUUGCUCCUGCUGUCCAGCGAGAGCCGGCCCGUCAACACCGAGAGCCUGUCGGCCUUCGGAGAGUCUUUCGAGAAGUGCAGGGACACCGUCAUCGCUCGGACAAAAGGUCUGUCCAUCUUGACUCACGAUAUCCAGAGCCAGCUGAACAUGGGGCGGUUCACCGAGGUGGGGGACAUCCUAGCAGAGAUGGGGGACCUGGUGGUUUCCUUGACCGAAUGUUCUGCCCACGCUGCUUACUUGGCGGCAGUGGAGAUCCCAGGGGCUCAGCCUGCCUUGCCUGGCUUGGUGGAUCGCUACAGGGUCACCAGGUGCAAGCAUGAGGUAGAACAUGGCUGCGGGGUCUUGAAAACCACCCCACUGGCUGACAUGAGUCCUCAGUUGCUGCUGGAGGUGUCCCAGAAUAUGUCCAAGAACUUGAAAUUCCUGACGGAUGCCUGUGUCCUGGCCAGUGAGAGGUCCAAGGACAAAUUUGCCAAGGAACAGUUCAAGCUGAGCGUCAAGUGUAUGAGCACGAGUGCCUCAGCUCUCUUGGCCUGCGUCCGGGAGGUAAAGACUUCACCAAGUGAGCUGACGCGGAGUCGGUGCAUCUUGUUCAGCGGGCCCUUGGUGCAGUCUGUCUAUGCUUUGGUGGGCUUUGCCACUGAGCCCCAGUUUCUGGGCAAAGCAGCCACCAUCAAUCCAGAAGGCAAAGCUGUGCAGACUGCCAUUUUGGGGGGUGCAAUGAGCGUCGUUUCGGCUUGCGUCCUCCUCACCCAAUGCCUCAGGGAUAUAGUCCAGCACCCCGAAAGUAGCUCUAAAAUGACUGAAUACAGAGAAAGGUUGAAGAACUCUGCUUGCGCCAUCUCCGACGGUUGCAACCUGUUAUCUCAGGCACUAAGAGAAAGAUCUUCUCCCAGGACUUUGCCGCCAGUGAACAGCAAUUCUGUGAAUUAAUGUUUGUUUUUUUUCAAUUUGCAUACUACCGGUCACUGCUAAUAGAAAUGGACCCAGGUCUCCUCUCCCAGCUCUAGUUUUGUAUAUACCAAAGAAUUUGUGUGAGCCCAACCCUUUGAUUUCUUAAAAAGUUUUUAAUUUUUUGGCAUGGUGGAAUGACAAAGCCAUGUCUUUUAUGGCCCAGUCCAGAGGGGGUAGGUUGAAUCCCCUUGCAGAGGCACCAGCAGAUUUCCCCUGCCUGGGGCACUUACCUUGGCAGAGGUGCAAACACACUAGUGGGUGGACAACAUGGCCAUCCGGGAUGCCUAGACACAGAGUUCGGCAUCACAUCAGGACUCCUUUGCCACUGCCAACCCAGUUGGAACAGUGGGGCGUACCGGAGGUGCACCCGGGGGUGGAGCCAACAUCAGUCAGAUUCCACCCUGGCUUUGUGGCCAGUUACUCCACAGGCCAGGCCUUAGACUCAAGCCACCCUUUCGGGUGGCCUAAGUCCAUUAAGUCCUAUGGAGGGCUUUCCGGCAGCAGGGGGAAUCGCUUUUUUUGUCUCCCUGUGGUGCAGGAAAGUCCUCUGGAAGCAGAGGUGCGGCAGCGGCACAGUCCCUAGCUACCUGGGGCUCUGGAUUGGGUUGCCCGACUAUGUGGAAAUAAUCAGUUUGAGCAGCUGAUAUUUUUGGGUGGCAGGUCUUGUUUUUUAAAGUAAACCCUCCUUAUUAAUAUCUGAAAGAAGUGAACAUUUCAUGAGGUGGGAGAGUCUCUUUUAAAAAAGAAGAGGAAACGAAAAGCUUUAAUCGCGCUGGGUGCGGUUUGAAAAGUUUGGGGGCAGUUUUGUUUUCCUUUUCUUUUUUUGUCUUCCAGAGUUUCCCUUCUAAAUUUUACUGUUCAGUUGUGCAGGAAGAAAAAAAAAGUUACCUCAGUUUUCAUACAAAAAGCGAAACUUGUAAGGAUGGAUGUAGCUAAUUUUAUUUUUUGUUCAGUUGUCGUUUUUGUAUGAUCCCUUUUGAAUCAAGUGUUAGUUUAAAAGUGCAUUUGCUGUGUUGCGAGGAGGAUGGUUGUAAUUUCCAAAUUGGGGGGGGAUCUACUGUGAGUGGUUUUUUUUAAAGGGGGGAGGAAUUACACUAUAAAAUGAAAAACAAUUGGAGGAGGGUUUUUUUUCAGUGUCGAGUUUUUUUAAAAAAAACCUUGCAUGUACUGGAGUAUUUAUUUCAUCUAUUAAAAUGUUAUGUUUCUCAGA